CUGUGUCUUUGCGUAUAAGAAAUUUCAGAAGACUCCUAACAAUGAGGAUCACGUGUACGGUGUUUGUGCUCCUCUUUCAGACAUUACAAUGCUUGGCGUCAGAUGAUUCACCAUUUCAACUAACUAACAAGGCCACUGGUUUCUGUUUGGUAAAAAGAUACAACUACUGCUUUGACAUACGCUGGACAACCGGUGAUCGACUUCUGGCUCUAUGGAGUAAUAAGUGUCUUGGAGCUCAGGGGAAGAGCGUGGGAAGUGAAAUAACUCUGUACGACUGUGAUGAAACCAGUGAAUUACAAAAGUGGGAAUGCAAGAAUGAGACAGUGCUUGCUCUCAAAGGCGAACAGCUUUACAUUGAGCUCACUGCAGAGAACACAGCUGUUCUCUCCAAAACAAUUGGACCCAAUAACCACCUCACAAUUUCAGGGACGUCCAGUGGUGCUUGUUCAAGAACAUACAGAGAAAUUUUCACCUUAGAGGGAAAUGCGUUUGGGAAGCCCUGCAUGUUUCCCUUUCUGUACAAAGACCAGUGGUACUCUGACUGUACCACCGCCGACACCCCAGAUAGGCGUCUUUGGUGUGCAGUUGAAACUAAAUAUGAACAUGAACUCUGGGGCUACUGUCCGACUAACUCUAAAGAGAACUGGAAGAAAGACGUUACCACAGGAGCGAAUUACCAGCUCAACACGCAGUCAGCUCUGACGUGGUCCCAGGCUGACGCCAGCUGCAAACAGCAGGGUUCCUCUCUGCUGAGCAUCACCGAUCCUCACGAGAAGGCUUAUAUCACAGCACUACUGAGCGCGGGAGGUGGGGGAGAGGGGUACAAGCUAUGGACUGGACUGACCCUGGAUCCAGAACACGGCUGGCAGUGGUCUAAUGGGAGGCCUUUCCGUUACCUGAAUUGGGACUCAGGACAUCCACUUUCUGAUCCAGGACAAACCUGUGGAAUCAUUGAUGGUGCUGUGCAGUAUUCCUGGCAAAGUUCAAAAUGCAAUAAGAAGCUGGGCUAUAUUUGCUACAGUAAAUCAGUUACAGCUCCUCCAACUGAAGCUGCUGAGACGGGAUUUUGUUCAACACACUGGAUUCCCUACAAUGGCCACUGUUUCCAGCUGUUUCGUACUGCUCUAUCAUGGUCUGAUGCUCAGAAACAGUGCCGUAAGGAUGAAGGGGACCUUGUGAGCAUCCGCAAUGUGGAGGACCAAAGCUUUGUCAUCUCUCAGCUUGGAUAUGCAUCCAAUGAUGAGCUUUGGAUCGGACUGAAUGACAGGAGGACAGAGGGGUUGUUUGACUGGAGUGACCACUCUACUGUUAGCUUUACUAGCUGGGAAUAUGGGAAACCAGCUGUCACCACUGACCAAAGUGACUGUGUUCUCAUGAGGGGAGAGAGUGGGAACUGGGCUGACCGUGCAUGUACGGACAAACAUGGCUUCAUUUGCAUGAAGACGAGUGCUUCUGAACCCUCUGGAGAUGAAGGGCCCCAGAAUAUAGGCUGCAACACUGGUUGGAAAAAGCACGGCUCGUACUGCUACUUUGUAGGAACCCAGACAAAGACGUUCAAUGAAGCAAAAGAAGACUGCGAGAGCUCAGGUUCCUACAUGGCAGAUGUUUCAACUGGGGUGGAUAAUGCCUUCCUGGUGAGCUUGGUGGGGCUGAGACCUGAGAAACACUUCUGGCUGGGGCUCUCCAACCAGAAGAACAUUGAUUUUUUUGAGUGGACCAACGCAAACUCAGUCAAAUAUACUCACUGGAACACUCAUAUGCCAGGCCACCAACAGGGAUGUGUAGCUAUGGCAACUGGGAGAUUUGCAGGCCUCUGGGAUGUGUUGCCAUGUACCAAUAAGGAGAAGUACAUCUGCAAACACCUGGCAGUGGGAGCAGUUUUAACCACUGCCCCACCAACUGUUCAACCCGUUACGUGUGCACUUGGCUGGAAUUCUUUGUCAUCAAGAAACGUCUGCUAUCAGAUGUAUUCAGCGAAAAAGACCUGGUAUGAGGCCAAAGAUUACUGCAGAGCCAUUGGAGGCGACCUGCUCAGCAUCCACAGUGAAUCUGAGCUACAAACGCUCCUGCAUAGCUAUCAAACAGUCUGGAUUGGACUUAAUGCCCCUAACCCAGUCACAGGUUAUGUGUGGAGUGAUGGAUCCCCACUAAAUUUCCAAAACUGGGAAGAUGGAGAGCCCAACAAUAAAAAUGGUGUAGAAUCUUGUGUUGAGUUUAAAGCAUAUUACUGGAAGGCAUCUGGGUCAUGGAACGAUGUGCACUGUGAAAAGAUCAACAGCUAUGCUUGCCAGAUCCGGAGAGGAGACACCCCAAAGCCUCCUCCAGGCCCCGUCCCACCUGAUUAUAACAGCACCUCUGAUGGAUGGCGAAUAUGGCAAGGGAACCAGUAUUACUUUAACUCAAGAUCAAUGGCCAUGGAAGAAGCACGUCACUUCUGCAAACAGAGACAUGGUGACCUGGUAACUAUCAACAGCGAAGAAGAAAGACUCUUUCUAUGGAGACAGAUAUCCAGACAGGAUAGGUCUUUCUGGAUUGGCCUGACCGUAGAUCUUGACAGAUCAUUUCAGUGGAUGGAUGGUUCUCAAGUGGUUUUUCAAAGGUGGGAAGAAGGUCAGCCUGAUUUCAAGAACUAUGAUGAGAACUGUGCUGUCAUAACACAUUAUUCUGGUUUCUGGCAUGAUUACAACUGUGGGUAUGAACAUGGGUCCAUUUGUAAGCGCAGUGACUCAUUACCGGUUAACACCACUGUGGCACCCACAACGUCUCCUCAAGGUGGCUGUCCACCCUCCUGGAAGAAAUUUCACUCUAAGUGUUACAACAUAAUCAACAACAAGAAUUUAACAUGGAGAGGAGCGAGAGAUGAAUGCCAAAAAACAAAGGGUGGAAACUUGGCCUCUAUUUCCUCAAAACACGUGCAAGUGUUUUUGAUGUCCCAAAUGGCUGAGGCACCUACUACAGACCUGUGGAUUGGUUUUAAUAAUUUCCAUAAUGGUCGCUUUUUAUGGACUGAUGGUCGACCAACUUCAUAUGUCAACUUGGGUUUGCAGAGUUUCAGGCGGAGGUACUAUCCGUUUUUCUAUCGACGAGAUAGUUUCAGGCGGAGGUACGAUCCGUUUUUCUAUCGACCAGAUAUUUUCACGAUGAUGUAUGAUCCAUUUCUCUAUCAAUCAGAUAAUAAUUGUGCUGUGAUCAAUACCGAUCCUUCACUUGGUAUCGGUAAAUGGAUACCAAAGUCCUGCAAUGACACAUAUGGAUUUGUCUGUCUUCGAAAUGCUGAUUCAUCUUUCCAGGACUCCCCUGAACCAACAAUCCCUACCAGCUAUAUCAAAAUACUUAAUGACUCUGUCAAGGUUGUUCCUCAACAAAUGAACUGGGAUGAAGCAAAAAAGAACUGUGACGGUGAUGAUGCCAUCCUUGCUAGCCUGCGAAAUGAAUGGAUGCAGGCUUAUGUUGAGUUGUUGGUUCUCAAUCUCAAGGCCCCUCUGUGGAUUGGACUCAACAAAAUGCAGACCAAUGGUUAUUUCAAAUUUGUUGAUGGCUGGCACAUAUCACAGUCUUAUUGGGGUGAAAAUGAACCAAGCACUAGCAGGCCUUGUGUCUACGUGGAUGUGGAUGGAAAAUGGAAGACCGCUUACUGCAAUCAGACCAUGAACAGUGUUUGCAUGAAGUCUACAGAUAAGCCACCACCAGAACCAACAGGUUUUCCGGGAGUUUGUCCUCAAGACCCAGAUUUUACAAGGACACGAGAAAGAUAUUUUUGGAAACCAUAUAGGGGAUACUGUUACAUAUUUUUCACAGACACAGAGAGGUGGACAAAUGCAGCUUCUAGCUGUGCCAGACAUGGUGGAAUGCUUGCCAGCAUUGAAGAUUCCUCUGAGCAAGAGUUUAUAGAAAGCAACGUGAAGGCAUUUGAAGACAGCUACUCAUCUUUCUGGAUGGGCCUGUUUAAAACUCACAAAGCGGAGUGGCUGUGGUUGGACAGGACAGUCAUGGAUUACACUAAGUGGGGAGAGGGCCAACCCAGCGACAACAGCUUUGGAGAGAUUAGCACAUCAGAUGGGACAUGGAAGGCAGGCGAAGAUUAUUAUCACAGACCAUACAUCUGCAAAACACCCAAAGUAUUACCACCAACGCCAUCACCACCACCUCACGUUGUAUCACCUGAUCUUCCUCGUGACCACAUGAUUUUGGCAGUUGUGCUGGGCAUUGCUGGGAUUGUAGCCGGGGCGGUCAUUAUCUUCUUCAUCUACAAGAAGCAUGGUCAUCGAUUACCCAUCCCUGACAGUUUUACCACCUUUGACAACCCACUUUUCUUCAACAAUAAGCAGCCCCAGCCUGAUCUGGUCGACACGAGUAAACUGGUAGAGAACGCAGAGGAAGAGCACACUGAACUUGUGGUAACUAUGUAAUUCAUUAAAACAAACAAAACACCUCAGAAUCUAUAGUAAGGGCCCACCGUUCAUGGUCCAUUCAAUGGUUCAAUGGUUUCACAGCAUGCUCUGAAAGUUUGAAAAGAGCUGGCAUUAAUUUGCUAAAAUUGCCAAUUUGGGACAAUAGUGGGAACUCAACCACAUAGUUUUGUUACGCCAAAGCAGAAACUGAUUGAUUGACUGUACUGUGAAUACCUGUUGUUCUCCUUUGCUGUACCUUCUAGAACUGUGUAUGUUUAAAGUUGAUACAGAACAGCUAUUGUAUAUACCAAAGGUAAAAUGGUACACAAAAGUCACAGUUUGGUGUGUAGUUCGGUUUUGUGGUGAUGGUUUGCAAUAUCUUCAGUACAGUUAAAGAAAAUAAGUGCAUAAAAUAACAUUUUGCUUAACAGUGUUUUGAAAAUGUAAGCCUUCGAAACUGGUACUAAUUCAUGCUGUAACUGUGCAUGUUCAUGUUGUUAAUAGGAAAAAAUAAAUGACACAAACAACA